AUGGAAAGUGAUCAUGAUAUCGUCUCUGGUGAUGAGUGCCCUUCUGAUGAUUCUUUAUACUCACCGCAAUUACAAAUUCACAUCGACGACAGUUAUGAUGAAAAUAUCAGCGAAGAAGAGUCUUUUGACACUGCUGAAUGUAACCCAGGGCUCAAAAGCGACGCACAAUUUCUUGUUUUCUGGUCUUGUCUGUUGACAUUAUUUCAAGUUUGUUUCACGUGUUUACAAAAAACGUGCAUUACUCGUGUGGUAAAACGUGGAACUCUUAUCAUUGUUACUAGUAUUUGUCCAAAUAAACAUGUUUUCAGCUGGCAGUCUCAACCUAUCGUAAAUGGAAGAGCAGCAGGGAACUUAUUACUUUCUGCAGCCAUAUUGUAUUCCGGAAACACAUACGCCCGCAUUGCCGAAAUGAUGAGUAUUUUGAGGCUUCAGUUUAUCUCUAAGUCCACCUUCUAUGAUAUUCAAAGGUCCGUUCUUUUUCCAAAAUUAAACACUUUUUAUAAAAAAUAUCGAAAUAACAUUUAUUCUGAGUGCGCUGCGAAAGAAGGGAAUUUGAUUGGUGAUGGGCGAAGUGACUCUCCAGGUUACAGUGCAAAGUAUGGUACGUACACUCUAAUGAGCGUAGACAUCAAUAAAAUCAUCGACUUUCAAGUUGUUCAUGUUAGAACUGCAGGGAAUUCUAGUCGAAUGGAGAAGUGGGGAUUAGUAACGCUACUAAAUAAGCUGCGUGACCACAAAGUGACAGUUUCAGCAUUAACAACAGAUCGCCAUGUUCAAAUCCGCGCAUUCAUGAAGAAAGAACAUCCUGAGAUAAACCACCAGUUCGACGUUUGGCACUUUGGAAAAAGCUUGAAAAAAAGCUUGACUGCUGCUGCGAAGCGCAAAGAAUGUCUUGAGCUGAUACCUUGGAUCAAAUCCAUUAUAAAUCAUUUAUGGUGGUGCUGCGCUUCAUGCGACAAAAAUGAAAACGUUUUACGUGAAAGGUGGCUUAGCAUUCUUUAUCAUAUUCGUGGAAUCCACUCUUGGCAAGGCAAUGAAUAUUUCCAUGAAUGUGCGCACCCCACAUUAGACCAGCAACGCAAAUGGUUAAAGUUGAAUUCACCUGCAUAUGAAGCAGUGGAGACUAUUGUGCAAAAUAAAAAAACUCUUGCCGACAUGAACUAUUUGGCGCACUUUUGCCAUACGGGAAGCCUAGAGGUAUUCCAUUCUUUGCUUACCAAAUAUUGCCCGAAACGUAUUCAUUUCAGCAUGGAAGGUAUGAUCGCGCGCACGCAGCUGGCUGUCCUUGAUUUUAACUCGGGGACUAAUUGUGAACAGGCUGUUACCAAAAAAGGAGUACUCCGCUAUAAACAAGUCUUUUCACGAGUAACACAAUCCUGGGUCGUAAAAAAAAUUACCGAGAAGAAAGAAAAGGCGUAUUUAGCAGAAUUAAUGACGGCUACUUUGGAACCAAUCGACAACGAAAAAGAUAAGUUACCACAAACAGGAGAAAUUGCUGAAAGAAUAACAGAGGUUGAAAAACCCGACAAAAGCGAUGCCAUUAAAGCCAUCAGGACAAGAUUUAAAACGUGACUUUUUUAUUUUUUUAUUUUUAUUCAACUUUCUUUGAAUAAAACAUAUUUUUCA